AGCAACUUUCUGCCCUGCACAAGCCUCUCUUUGAGCGACACGGGGGGGUGAGAGUGUGAGCGGUGCGUCCUCCAACUGCAUUCUGGUCCGGUCGCGUUGUCCCGCUGCUUGCACAGCACCGACAGGGUUUUGCAGACAUGGCACCUGUCCUGCAAAUGUUUGCUUUCUUAGUCGCAUCAGCGCUCCUGCAAACUGCGACAUCGGUCAAUUUCAAUGAGACCAUUUUUGCGGUGAUGGUGAGCUCCCAGGUGACAGGAGGCAGCCAGGAGAGCCUGUGUGCUCAGAUCCACAGCCCGACAGAGCCGGUCUCCCUGAUCAUCACUCUGAUGAUGGAGGAUAAGAGCAACACCACGCUGCUGGAAGAGGCCGUCAAGCAGGACUUCUACCGCUGUAUAAACUUCCAGGUUCCCAUGGUGAGCUCCAGCACUGUGGCCACCAUUGUUGUCGUCGUCCAGGGGGAGAAUGACUCGAUGACCAAGAAGACCAAAAUCCUCAUCAUUCCCCCUGCUUUCAUCAACAUCAUCCAGACUGAUAAACCAAUCUACAAACCCGGGCAGACCGUCCAGUUCCGGAUCGUCUCUCUGGAUACCCGUUUUGUCCCUGUGGAUCGCGUGUACAAAGUGGUGGAGCUGCAGGACCCUAACACAAACCGCAUUGCCCAGUGGCUGGACCAGCCAGUUGUUAGCGGCAUCCUUGAUCUCUCCCACCCCAUGAGUCCCGAGGCAGCGCAAGGAAGCUACAUGAUCACAGCCUGGCUCCAGAGCGGAGAGCAAAUAUCUCACAGCUUUGACAUCAAAGAAUACGUCUUGCCUAAGUUUGAGGUGAAGGUUCACCUGCCCAGUAUCAUCACCAUUUUGGACCAAGAAGCACCACUUAAGAUCUGUGGAAAAUACACAUAUGGGAAACCAGUUCUUGGAUCAGUCAAGGCAGUGGUUUGUAGAAAGAACGUACGCUUCUACUGGUACUCAAGUGCCACAGAUCAUGACAUCUGCAAGAAGUAUGAGCUGAUAACGGACAAAACUGGUUGUGCAACACAAACCCUGAAUGUGACGGAGUUUUCACCGACCAAGAGGUCGUACGAGGACAGCUUUGAGGUGGAGGCUGAAAUGGAGGAGUAUGGAACUGGUGUCAUCCUCAAAGGCAGUGGCCAAGUCAGCUUCACCAGUCAAAUUAGAACCGUCACCUUUAAGGACGUAUCUGCAGCGUACAAGCCAGGGAUUGCAUUUGAAGGGAAGGUCAAAAUGACGGGUCCAGACUCAAAACCUGCUGCCAACGAGCCUGUGUAUGUGACUGUCUCCAGCUCUGAGGUGUUGGAGAACCUGACCCUCACCACAGACAACAAAGGCAUGGCUUUCUUUUCCCUGGACACCUCGCUAUGGAAGGACGGUGUGUCUCUGAAGGCACAUUCUAGAAAGAAAGAGGAGGAGGAAUACGUGCCGAAGCUGCGGAGAGCAGAAUACAGGCUGGCCCACCACUUCGUCACACCGUUUUACUCCAAGAGCAAGAGUUUUCUGAAGCUUCUGCAGAGCCUCCGCAAGUUCUCCUGCGACAAGGACGCUACUGUGCGUGCUCAGUACAUCAUCCAGGGGGAUGAGCUGAAGAAGGGACAGGAAGUGCUUGACUUCUUCUACCUGGUGAUGUCCCGAGGUGGAAUUGUGCAACAUGGCCGUGUCCCAGUGGCUGUUCAAGCAGGAAUUGUCAACAGAGGGGAGCUGUCUGUGUCCCUGCAGCGGAUGACAGACCUGGCGCCUGUUGCUCAGGUGGUGGUGUACACUGUGAUGCCUAGUGGCGAGGGAGUAGCCGAUAGUCAGGACUUCCCCGUUCAGCUCUGCUUCAAUAACAAGGUCUCUCUGAAGUUCUCGUCUGAACAGGAACUUCCAGGAGAGAAGACCAAGCUGAGCGUUCAGGCUCAGCCCGGCUCCCUUUGCUCGGUCAGAGCAAUCGACCAGAGCGUCCUUUUGCUGCAGCCGGAGCAGGAACUUACUGUCGGCUAUGUGUACAACCAGCUGCCCGUGCAGAAGCUGUCAGGAUACUCGUACCAGGUGGAGGACUUUGAGCCAUACCCCUGCAUCCUGCCGAUGCCGGAACCGGAGCUUGAGGUCGAAGUUGACCCGGCCACUCGAAGGAAGCGCACGGUCUACUUUGGACCGAACGUCGAGAAAAAUGACGUCUACAGCAUCUUUAAAGAAAUUGGAAUCAAGAUUGUGACCAACUCUGAUGUAAAAAAGCCUUAUGACUGCAAUUCCAGGAUGAUAGCUCUUGCAUAUGACGACGUAAUGUAUGAUUUCGUAGACUCCCCGGUUCCCAUGGCCUUCAACAUGGCGGAGACUUCAGCGGACAACGCUAUGGAGAAAGUUAAGGAAGAGGAGCCGAAGGAGACCGUCAGGACCUUCUUCCCUGAGACCUGGAUCUGGGACCUGGUCCCUGUUGGAGACAGCGGCUCAGUGAACGUGGAGAAGACGGUCCCUGACAGCAUCACCAAGUGGGCAGCCGGAGCGUUCUGCACCUCGUCUGCAGGCUUUGGUGUGGCGCCCAACACGGCGCUGACUGCCUUCCAGCCCUUCUUCGUCAGCCUGACGCUGCCCUACUCUGUGAUCCGAGGGGAGGUGUUCACGCUCAAAGCCACAGUGUUCAACUACCUCACCAAGUGCAUCAUGGUGAAAGUGACCCUGGCUGAUUCGGAGCAGUACACCUUCAGAGAGUGUGACGACUGCCAGUACACUGUGUGUCUGUGCGGGGAGGAGAGCAGGACCUUCAUGUGGAUCGUCACUCCCACCGCCCUCGGUGAGGUGAGUCUCAAGGUCAGCGCCGAGGCCCUUAAGACGGAGCAGCUGUGUGGCAACGAGGUGGCCGCCGUCCCCGAAAAGGGACAAAUCGACACGGUGGUGCGGACGCUGCUCGUGGAGGCUGAAGGGACACCAGAGACGGUCAGCCACAACGCCCUCCUCUGCCCUGCAGACGGGCCGGUGGAGAAGGACGUCUCCCUUCUGCUGCCUGAGAUGUUCGUCGCCGGGUCGGCCAAGGCCUCGGUGUCCGUGCUCGGGGACCUGAUGGGCCGGGCCAUGCAGAACCUGGACCGGCUGCUGGCCAUGCCGUACGGCUGCGGGGAGCAGAACAUGGUGCUGUUCGCUCCCAACAUCUUCAUCCUCAACUACCUGAAGAGCACCGGGCAGCUCACCAAGGAGAUCCAAGACAGGGCCACGCGCUUCCUGGAGAGUGGCUACCAGAGGGAGCUCACCUACAAGCACGAUGACGGCUCCUACAGCGCUUUUGGGAAAAGUGACGAGUCUGGCAACACUUGGCUGACCUCCUUUGUGAUGAAAUCCUUUGGCGGUGCGAAGCCAUACAUCUUUGUGGACCCCAAGCACAUUGCAGAUGCCAGGAAGUGGCUGGCCAGCCACCAACGGCAGGACGGCUGCAUCAACUCUGUGGGGAAACUCUUCCACAACGGCAUGAAGGGAGGAGUGAGUGACGACGUGUCCCUGACGGCCUACAUCACCGCCGCCAUGCUGGAGCUGGACGCCAACGUCACCGAGCCUGUGGUGGAGAAGUGCCUGGGCUGUCUGAAGGCGGCGGUGGCAGGCCAGCUGGACAACCUGUACACCACAGCCCUGCUCUCCUACACCUUCACUCUGGCCGGGGACGAGGAGACCAGAAGCAAGCUCCUCACCUACCUGCACCAGAAGGCCAACACCGAGGGCGGCACCCGUCACUGGGAGAGAGCGGGGGCAUCCGCCAAGAGACUGGACUCUCUGGAGGUGGAGAUGACCUCCUACGUCCUGCUGGCUCUGCUCUCUGGUCCCGCCAUGCCAGAAUUCAGUUUGGACUAUUCCUCCGCCAUCGUCCGCUGGCUGGCACAGCAGCAGAACGCGUACGGUGGCUUCUCCUCCACACAGGACACCGUGGUGGCCCUUCAGGCGCUGGCUAAAUAUGGUGCUGCCACCUACAGUCCGGAGGGUGCCAGCACGGUAACAGUGACGUCGCUGGGAGGCCAGAAGAAGGAGUUCACCGUGGACCAGGACAACCGGCUGCUGUACCAGGAGGAGAAGCUGACCGAGGUGCCCGGGGAGUACAAGAUCAGAGCGGAAGGCCGGAGCUGCGUGCUUGCGCAGAUCUCCAUGCGCUACAACAUCCCGCCUCCCCCCGACUUCUCUGCCUUCCACAUCGCUGCCAGCACCAUGGCCAAAUGCAACAUCAGCAGACCCCAGCUCAUCGUCUUCGUGGAAGUCAGGUACCAGGGAAGACGGGAGGAAACCAACAUGGUCAUCAUCAACAUCAAACUCCUGUCGGGUUACAUUCUGGAUAAAAGCUCCCUCGCACUUUUGAAGAAAGACCGUUCAGUCAAACGUGUGGACAUGGAGGAAGGAUACAUCAACAUUUACUUAGAUGGGCUGAAGAAGGACGAGACCAAGUCGUACAGUGUGACAUUAGAGGAGGACAUACCAGUCAGAAACCUGAAACCAGCUGUGGUCAAGGUGUACGACUACUACCAGACAAGUGAUGAGGCAGUCACUGACUACUCCUCCUCUUGUGCAGAGAGUGACAGCGUCAACAAGCUGUAAAAUAUUUCUAGGGAACCCCGCCAACCCUGACGGCUUCAGAAGUCGGUGCCUUCCUUCGUUUCCACACUGUUUCCAAGAGAAACUCCUAGAUGUAUAUUUUUUCUUACAAUGCUAGAUUAGAGUUUUUUUGUUUGUAUUAAACUCCUUUUAACAUUAUACAUAGGCUGUAUUGGCAUUGUAAGUGAACUCCAUUGUUUUUGUAUCUGUAGAAAAAAAAAAAUUUUUUUCUCUAAUUACUGUUGCAUGGUAGACGUGACUUUGCACCCCCAGACGGGAGGGUUAGUGAACAUAUGAGUAACAUUUCAGUGUUAGAAAUCCAUGCCAGCGGGAACCAGUGACUGUUUGACCCAUCAGACCGAAGAAAAUCAGAUUAUUCAAGAACCAGACAGACAGUAUUUUAAGUUCUUUUAAGUUUUUUAAUAGAUUUGACAAAAUCCAUAUUAUCCAUACUUUGAAAGUGACGCAUGAAACAUACAGGGUACCGCUAACACAGUAUGGUCCGAGUAUUGACUGUGUGUGUGUGUGUGUGUGUGUGCUUGUGCCUGUGUGUGAAAGCAGGAUCUUUAAAGAAUAAAAAGUACAGUUUUGUGGAGUGCUAGGUGACUCAACUGUGUGUGUGUGUGUGUGUGUGUGUGAGAUCAGGUGUGUGUGUAUUUGUGUGUUCUGCUGUACCAGUUUUAAAAAAAAAAAAAAAA